AUGGGUUUCACUGCAGCAGUCGCUGAAGCUGAAGCUUCCUCCGGAUCACGACAACAGGGUUCUCAACCGGGGCGUGCACUGAAUGAGGAGCGGUUUAGGGAAUCAAGAGGGAAAAACAUGAUGGAAGAUUACUUUGUGGAGCGUCCAGUUUUCAGUGAAGAGAUAUUCCGGACAAGGUACAGGAUGAGUCACAAUGUGUUCAACCGCAUCUCCAGUGAUCUUUGUGGUAGCGACCCGUACUGGGUCCAGAAAUCAGAUGCUGCAGGCAAAGUCGGACUACUUCCCGAGCAGAAGCUGACAUGUUCCUUAAGAAUGCUUGCUUAUGGUGCAGGGGUUGGGCUGGAGAAUAUAGCAGUCGAAAACGUGUGCCCACUAUCAUCCUCGAAGCAGUCGCUUCUUAUGACACAUGGAUAUGGCAUGCCUGGAUCAUGCAACGACCUCAACGUCCUUGCUAAGUCCCCGUUGUUUGACGAGGUCACUACUGGUCGAGCCUCUCGGGUCCAAUUUCAAGCAAAUAACAGGAUUCACAAUUUAGGGUACUAUCUCGCUGAUGGUAUCUAUCCGCAAUGGGCGACUUUCGUAAAAUCAAUUCUAAGGCCUACACGACCCAAGGAUCUAAAGUUUUCCCAGGCUCAAGAGGGGUGUAGGAAGGAUGUCGAAAGAUGUUUCGGCAUUUUACAGUCGCGCUUUAGUAUUGUUCGAGGAGCUGCUCGUGGCUGGGAAAGAGAAGACCUUCGAUACAUCAUGCUGACUUGUAUUAUAUUACACAACAUGAUAAUCGAGGAUGAAAGACCAGAUGACAGCGAUGAGGAUUUGGAGUCCGAUGAAGAAGAGGAUAACAAUAUGAGGCCCAGGUUGGCCCAGGUUUGGGAAGGACCGACUGGUGAUGACUUCGAUCCUGUUGGUAGAGAUGGUUAUUACUUCAAUGGAUUCAUGGAUCGAUACGAUGCCAUUAGAAGUGCAAACAGUCACUCAAACCUUCAAGGGGAUCUGAUAGAGCAUUUCUGGAACGUUCAAGGCAACAUGGAGAUCUAG